UUACUCGUUCUUAUUACCAACAUAUCUCUCUCUUUCUCUUUCUCUCUCUCAUGGGCAAUAUUAUCAUAUCUCCAGGCUGCUUCAACCCAAACCCUAACUCAGCAGUGAUACUAAUAUUCUGGGAAGGCACUAAGAGAAUUCUCAAAGGAAAGAAACACAUAGCAGGUGAGAUCAUGUUCGAGUUCCCUGACAGAAUUGUCUGCCAUGCCGAUUCAUUCUUCAUAGGUCACCCAGUUCCGGCCUUAGGCAUCCAAGACCCGCUCCUAUGUGGCCAAACAUACUUUGUUCUUCCCAUAGACAGCUUUUCCAAUGGUGUACUCUCGGCCUCUUCCCUCGCCGCCUUCGGCUCCUCACUGAGCCCCAAUAACAAGGCCACAAGUCCCAUUAAUUUUGGCGGUAAUACCUCCCCGUUCGAGUACUUAAAGGGCUCAAAUGGAAGGGCUUUGAUCAAGGUUUCACCAGAGUUCUUAACCAAAUUGGUUAUGAGAGGUAAGGAAGAGGGUUCGGGUUGUGAUAGUCAAUGCAAUAAUGGUAGAUUUCUUUGCAACACUCCGGAGCUUCAAAAGCACUAUGAUCAGCUAGUGGGAUCAAAAGAACAAUUAUGGUCGCCUAAGCUUGAGACCAUCUCUGAGCAUAAGAUUAGGUUUUCACCAUGUAGAUUUAUAGGGUUAGAAUGGAAAGUAAAAGAGAAGGAAACGUUAUGAUAGCGUAUAUAUUUAUUAAUUUGUAUCCUUAUUUGUUGUUCAUUAAGAACUUAAUUUCAUUUAUGGUUUUUGUCUCUAAUGAAAUGUUAGACACACCAUAUUAUAUAGAUAGAUAUAUACUACGUUAUAAUUGUCAGUUAAUUAAUUUUGUCGAAUUUUGUACAUAUAUAGUAGACUAAAUUGUUAGGAGUACAUAUGUAGUAUA